CUGAUUUAUUUCCUUGCACCACCAUACUAUUGGUUCGGUUAUAUCCUGUCUAAUUGUAUCGAGCUGUGUAUGGUCAGUUACCACCGGCUGGUUAACCGAUAAGAAACCAGACGACCGAAUAACUGUUGAACUAUAUUACCCACCCGUGACUGAUUAGGGUAUCGACAUAUGGAAACUUGUUAUCAUUACUGUAAUUGCAAGUAAUGAUGAGAACUCGGGACUUCUGAAAUCACGUAUUUUUAAAAUAGUGUGCUUCUUAAUCGCAUGAUGUGAUCAUAUGGCCAUAUGGGGCACACAUUUUGUUCUCAUUUUUUUCUGAGUCCCUAAUGUACCUAUAUCUAGCUAGAAGCAGUGGCGGACCCAGAAAUUUUACAAAGAGGUGUCCUCUUUUAAAAAAUAAAUUAAAUACAAAUAAUUCUAAAAUAAUUAAUUAAAAAUAAUAUUUAAAUAAGAAAUACCUUACUCAUACAGUCAUACAGCUUGAAAAAAUUCACGAUGUGUUUUCAUAUUUAAAAAUGAUUGUAGAACACACUUGGGGUCUACACUGUUCAAAAAAAAUUGUCUCUGUAUAUCAUAUUAGACAAUCAUUCACGAACUGAUCACAUGUUGAUUUCUAAACUUGUUCUUGAUGUAAUCCAAAGCUGAAAAGACUCUUUCAACACUUGUCGUGCAACCAUAAAUCAAUACAAAUUAAGGGUAGCUUAAAAUUUGUUUAAUUGUUAGAUUUUGAAAAUAAUUACAGAUAGAGAAUGACAUUAUACUAUUACACAGUGUUUAAAAUCGAAUAACAUAUGCAGUCAUAUAGCUAGAAAAAAUUCACGAUGUGUUUUCAUAUUAAAAAAUGAUUGUAGAACACACUUGGGGUCUACACUGUUCAAAAAAAAAAUUGUCUCUGUAUAUCAUAUUAGACAAUCAUUCACGAACUGAUCACAUGUUCGAUUUCUAAACUUGUUCUUGAUGUAAUCCAAAGCUGAAAAGACUCUUUCAACACUUGUCGUGCAACCAUAAAUCAAUACAAAUUAAGGGUAGCUUAAAAUUUGUUUAAUUGUUAGAUUUUGAAAAUAAUUACAGAUAGAGAAUGACAUUAUACUAUUACACAGUGUUUAAAAUCGAAUAACAUAUGCAGUCAUAUAGCUAGAAAAAAUUCACGAUGUGUUUUCAUAUUAAAAAAUGAUUGUAGAACACACUUGGGGUCUACACUGUUCAAAAAAAAAAUUGUCUAUGUAUAUCAUACUAGACAAUCAUUCACGAACUGAUCACAUGUUCGAUUUCUAAACUUGUUCUUGAUGUAAUCCAAAGCUGAAAAGACUCUUUCAACACUUGUCGUGCAACCAUAAAUCAAUACAAAUUAAGGGUAGCUUAAAAUUUGUUUAAUUGUUAGAUUUUGAAAAUAAUUAGAGAUAGAGAAUGACAUUAUACUAUUACACAGUGUUAAACAUCGAAUAGCAUAUGAGUUGUAGCCUAAUGGAAAUUAUGUUUAUUAAAAUUGUCCUAAGUUUGAAUUACCCAAACAUUCACUUAUAUUCUCAUACUCAAACUUAAAGAUGAUAGUAGGAUAAUCAUUUUUUUAAAUUUAGGGGUGUCCCCGACUAUCAAUUAUAAUUUUUUUGUCAAUACGUAAAUUACCACCGGGAGUUGGAUAAUCGUUUUCCCAAAAUUUAGGGGUGUCCGGGGACACCCCCAAACACCCGUGGGUCCGCCCCUGGCUAGAAGUCACCCCAAAGCCAAAAAGAAUGGGUUAAUUUGCAGCAAAUAUAAGGUGUUAUUUGAUUUUGGUAUACCUUUCAUUUAUUUAACUUUAGCCAAGUAUGCAUAUAUAUAUAUUAAUUCUUGUAUAUGUCUCAUCUUACAGAUAUCGUAUAAUUAGAGGCUCAAAUUCUAAAUAUGUCAACAUCAUAUAUAGGCUGAGUGUGACUUAAGUGUUGCAACUCUUACAUAUUACAGAUCGGGUUGUGUAAUUAAUUUAUUUUCUAAAGAAGAGAUAUGUGACAUUAUUUGUCACCAACUAUGACGUUCACUAAGAAAAAUGAUUGGCAAGCUUACUCAAUUCUUGUACUUUAGUAACUAGGUAAAUACUAUUCGACGGCAGACUCCUACUUCUGCCUUCUCAAUUCUUGUACUUUAGGUUAUGUCGUGGCUAAUGGGUAAAAUAAAUUAUUAUCUCUCGUUACUAUCUAUAAUGACUGAUUUUCUGUGGUUGCAGAUGCACGCUUUGCCCUUAUCAGGAGGUUUUGGCUUGUACCUUGCACUUUCGCGAGCAAGGUUGUCAAGCUGGUUUAAGUCAUUGAGCCAGUUAAAUAAGGAGUUUGAGGUUUAAUAGUCUGAUCGGGAUCCGGCCGGGUUGAGCCGUUAUAGACUUUUUUCUAAAUAUAUAUACAAAUAAGGUAGUAAUUAAAGAUUUAUAAUGACUGAAAUGAAAUUUAUCUUAUAUGGAUCUAUUAAAAAAUUUAUUUUUCAUAGGUUAAAUCUAACUAGCCUCCAUGACCCACCCACCAUCUCCCUUCCUUGGUUCCUCUUCCUCUCUUCUUCUCCCUCUUUAGGGGUCAGAUCGGGGGACUUUCUGAAAGCCGUUUUGUAGCCCAACUUAGAUCGGACCGGGUCCAAUUAGGGUCCGAUAGGGGUUUGACAACCUUUCUUCCGAUGCAAAAUUUACAAUGGUUGAUGAACAUGACUAGAUAGACCCGGGAAUGAUCAUAUUUGAUUUGUUUGUUUUUUUCUUCGUAUGCAUGGAUUUAUUCUAUGAAUUUAAUUAAUAAAAAGUUAUUUUAUUAUUUAUUUUAUGAAUUUGAAAGUUAAAAAUGAUGAGGUUAUUUGUUGGAUUCAAGUAUAAACGUUUAAAUAUUGAUGUUAAAUGUUAUAGUUAAAAAUAAUUUCUGUUAAAUGUUGUUGUUAAUAAUAAAUAUUUGUUAUUUUAUUUUAAAUGUCGUAUUUUUUUUAAAUAUAAAUAUGAAAUUUAAAUAAAUUAUUUUCAAAUAUUUACAUCCGUAUCAUUGUCCACCCCUAAUUCCAGGCCAGUGUGGAGCAGUGGUGUACGUUUUCUUUCUUGUGCAAAUGUACAGUUCGUUUAAGCCAACCACUAAAUAGCAAGCAAACCUAGAUUAUGACAUCUACUAAACAAGGAGUCGUAUAUUCGCUAUGUAAAAAAUAAUAAUAAUAAUAAUAAUAAUGGGAACGGUACAAAUAUUAUUGAUUGGGAUAUUAUAUAUAUUAUAUAUAAGGCUACAAACACGAUUGGUAAACGUCAUGCAUGCAUAUUAUAGAGCAAUCGUAUAAUUUUGGAGCCACUGUUUUUGUCUAAAAAUCUCACGUAUAUAUUAAUACGGUGAUCCCUAUCUACCUGACCGACAGCUAAGUAUACAAUAUUAUUAGGAAGCUCUUAUCAUUUUUUUUUUUACAAAAGAUAAUUAUGUAUUGAUUCCAGAAAACAUAGAUAGUUACAUUCUGGAGUUAGUCAGAUCUGAAAAUCAAAGAAACGACUCAUAGUCGGGUACAAAGAAAAGGGUCUUUCGAGCCACCAAAUGGGCUACCCACCCUAUUGCUACACCGGCCUACAAACCAAACACUAAACCCCGUAUGGAUGGCGAAGUAAUGCAUAAUUUCCUCAAGAAUAGCUCCCAUCCGACUAUCUCUGGUAUCCGCCCGAAUGAUCUUAUCAAUGAUCACCUUCGCAUCUCCCUCGAACCUUAUGUUUGUGAAACUAUGGUUGAGGCACCAUAAAAUCGCUUCACGGUGUACCAGUAAUUCCACCACCAUGGGAUCAUCAAUCAACAUGAACUGUACCCCAUGAGCAAAGAGAUUUUUCGAGCAUGGUUCAUAAUGACCAUCUCACCUGCCGAAUGAGAUCCUCUCCUAGUCGAUCCAUCCCACAUACAAACAGCAAAAUUAGACCCGUCGGAACUCAAGGGCUGCAUCGGAGGGAUGGUAGGUUGGGAGAUAUAUAUGUUCCACCGGCAAGCUCUCCCACUCCUCAUAUUGUUGUUUCAGUUGACGCAUCAAUGCCGGGAUCCCAAACUGUUAUCCUCAAAGACCACCCAGUUUCGAGACCUCCAGAUUCUCCAAAGAACUACGACAGUUCUCAUGAACAGCGGCGAUUGGUGAAUGAUCAUCAUCAAUUUUUUGAGGAAAAGUGGUCGGGAAGGUAUACUGAGGCAAUUCUUGUCCAACAUAUUCCAGUCUCAAGUAGUCCCAUAGGGCUCAAGCUACCGGAUAGUCAAGGAACAAAUGCUCCAUGGUUUCUUUAUCGGCCCAGCAAACCGGACACCUGGGAAGCACAAGAACCUUCUUCUCGAUUAAAGCUUCUGUGGUUGGCCGGAUGCGGUUAAAAAUUUGCCAGACAAAUACUUUCAACUUGGACAGGAUAUUAGCCUCCCACAAACGAAUCCAGAUGGCUCUAUCCAUCCAGCUCGCGGUGAACCGCCAAUGACCUCUAUGCUUAUCUAAAAAGACUGCAAAAUGAUAGGUCGAUUUAACGGGGAAAAUCCCCUCAGUCGUUGCAUGACAUAUCAGCUUAUCCUCAACAUUCUGUCUAGAAAUGGGAAUAGUUUCGAUAGCCUAACAAGUGUACGAAUCAAACCACUGACUGAGUUUCGGGUCGCACCCCCCUGACAAAUAACCUCAGCUACCCGGGGGUCGCCCCCGCAGGCAACACCUGAGGAUUAUAAACCGGGGUAUCGGGAUGCAGUCGCGGAAUCCAGUUGGGCUGAAGAAGAGAAACUGUCUAGCCAUUACCAAUUUGUCAUCUUAAUCCUAGGUCCAACAACUGUCGGGCAUAGAGGAUACUCUGCCAACCCCAAGAAGGCCGAGAGCGGGCUUUAGCAGCGAGGAAGGUCCACGAUGGAAAAUACUUGCAUUUGUACACUUGGGAUAAUAGAGAUUGUGGUUCAUUAGGAAUGCGCCAGCCAAAUUUGGCUAAGAGAGUUUGAUUGAAAUGCUCGAAUCUUCUAAACCCCAUACCCCCCUCAUGCUUACUCUGACACAUAUAACGCCAGGAUAACCGACGAUCCUCCGCUGACCCUCCUCCACACCCCACCAAAAUCUGGCCACAUGUUUGUCCAACAGAUGGCACAGAGAGAGAGAGGUAGUUUAAAACAGGACAUAAUAUGCAACGACAAAGGUAAAGCGGCUGAUUUAAUCAAGGUCUCUUUUGCGGCCCAAGACAAAGUCCUUUGCUUCCAACCUUGCAAUCGUUCCAACAGCUUUUCCUCUAAAUAGUGAAACGUAGCCAGUUUCGAACGAGCUAUCAGAGUAGGUAAACCCAUAUACUUAUCAUGAACCCCUACAGCCCCAACACCCAGAAUCGGAGCCAGAAACUCUUGGUCCGGCAGAGAAAUAUUCUUGCUAAAGCAUACUGUCGAUUUGGCCAAGUUCACCCGUUGGCCGCUCAGCUCUUCAUACUCAUUUAACACCUCGAUCAAAUUCUCAUAUUCAUGAAGUGAAACCUAUAUGAAUAAAUAAGAAUCACCUGCAAAAAACAUAUGAGAGAUCCGAGGAGCGCAAGGGGCUACUUUCACUCCUUCAAGUUUUCCUUCCGUAAUUGUUUUACCGAGGAGGGCCGCAAACCCCUCUGUACAGAUCACAAACAAGAGAGGAGAAAGAGGAUCCCCUUGCCGGAGUCCCCGAGAAGGUGAAAAGAAACUUGAAGGAGUGUCAUUCAUAAGGACUGAAAAAUAUGUUGAUCAGAGACAUUCAUGGAUCCAAUCCCUCCAGGCAGAGUUAAAACCCAUUUUUUUCCAAAACCACUAGCAGAAAGGACCAAUCGACUCUAUCAUAGGCCUUUUUCAUGUCAACCUUCAAGGCCAUGUAUUCUUUCUUACCAUGAGUUUUGAUUUUCAAAUAGUGCAUUAACUCAUGCCCAAGGAGGAUAUUAUCAACUAUUUGUCUCUCACGGAUGAAAGCAUUCUGUCCUGGCGAGAUGAUCUGAGGCAGGAGACCAGCCAGCCUUUCAGCCAUGAUUUUAGUAAUGAUCUUGUACACAAACUGACAGAGGCUGAUCGGACGUAGUUGCUUCAUGUUCUCCACAUUAUCUACCUUUGGAAUUAAGGUCAACCACGUGUGAUUAAAGCUCUGGAGUAUCC